CUCAGCUGAGCGGACGCGUCUUCCUCAGAGCCUCCACCAUCCUCCUCCUCAUCCUGCGCUGUCUUCUCGGUGGACGAGGGAGAGCUUCAUCUUCACCGUCAUCGUCCUCAUCACCCUCAUCAUCGUCACCUGGAGCCGAGGGGGAGAGAAAGAGAGAGAGAAAGAGAGGGGCUCUCCGCGGGGUUUAAUAAAAAGUUGGGAGGAAGGACCGGGUUUGAUGCCGGGAACACCGGAGCGGCUCGUGUGCCCGACGUUUUCUCUGGUCACCAUGGAAACGGAUGCAGCGGUUCCGGCGGGAUUGGAUGGGAAUACGGGGUCACUGAUGGAGCUUUUCUAAAAAAAGGUCCCCCUGUGCUGAAAUUGCUCACCAGUUUUUUUUUAGGCGUUGCUAAUGGAUUCUUACUUUCUUUAGUCUCUUUUUGUAAACGAAUUUGAGCUGCUUUGAACGGACAGGUCAUUGUUGGGGCUCGUCACAGGUUUUUAAGUGGGGUUUUCUCCUUUUCUUUGGUUAAACGGAUCAAUGACGGAUUUUCCUGAUUUCCCCUGGCAUUUGAGGGCUAUUUAACGUUUUUUGGGAGGAACUGCGGGACAGUCCGGUGGCCGACGGUCCCCUCAGCCUCGCCGGAGAGGGAGAAAGGACGCAGGUACAGCCUUCACGGCAGCUGCUCACUCCUGCUCUACCGAUAAAUACACGGACUUAAACAAAAGCAGAGGAGCUUUUCAUUACUGGAGGAGGAUAUAGUAAAAAAAAAAAAAAAAAACAGCCCGAGGUGUUUUAUCUGCUUCUCUACGCGCUUCACCGAGAGAGUUGCGGCUCUUCACAGGUGAAACUAAUCUGUUACUAACGAGCGGAUCACCCUCACCACCAAUAUCUGUCCACGUUAAGGAAGAGGAUUGAUACUAAAAAAAACCAUCUCUCUUGGGCUCCGUGCCCCUUCUGACUGGCAUGCAUUAAAUCAAUCCAUUCCUUUGGUUAUCAAUCAGUUUAAAUCCAGUUUUAAUCCAUCAGACACAAGAGGUGGAGAGCAGGGAUGGUUUCAGACCAGAGUGAGUGAUCUCCUCCGCGUGGUGAAAUAGAGCCACAUGCUGGCUGUAAAUUAUCCACUUAACCCCCUCAAGAUAGACGCGAGGAGAGGGACCGAGAGAGACUGCUGUUACAGAGUUAUUACCCUUAUUAAAAACCCUCUAUCACCUCUGAAAGCUCAUUUGUUUGAAAAGGGAUCAGACAAAUAGGUAUUUUCAUUUCUCAGUAGCCUAUGCGGUAUUUAAACUGCACAUCUAGUAAAUUGUGAUUUGGGAUGAAAAUGAAAAAAAAGUCUAAUCUGACUAAAAUCUUGUAGCAUACAUAGUUGUGAAACAAGGGCAUGUUUUUCAGCUAAUUUAUUUGAUUUCAACGGCAAAACUCCUGCAAAUAGAAUCUAAGCUUUUACAAAGCAGUGGGUAGAACUUUAAAACAAUAUAAAAUUAUAGUGAGGUCAAUUUGAUUAAAAAAGAAAACUCCAAAGCUGGGAAUGAUUUCACACUUGCAGUGCACGUCUGCAUCCUAAUACUGCCUUAAAUGUUGUGUUAUCAUAGUAUUAAUCCUAUAAGAGGCCAGAAGAGGGUUAUUUAUGCUUUAUUGCACGUCUGGAACAGCUUUCACUCAAAACACAUUAACUGUAAUACCACCUGGGGACAAUAACCUGCAGUUUUCUCUCACCGCUGGGAGUUCAGGCUUUGUCAGAGCUCUAUUUUUUGAGACAUGUAGCCCAACUGAAAAUUUCUGAAGUGAAGACUGAUGUUUUGAAGUAAUUUUAAUGCAAAAUCUGUGAGGAUAUUCAGCAAAGUUCAGCUGUUUUUCUCUGCAUACGGCUCUUUGUUCCCAGCCCUGUCUGUGAAGGUUUACAAUUUAGCUUACACAGCUGGUUUCCUGUGAGAAUCUAUGGAUGGUACGCUCACUGUAUAGUCACAUCCUCAACAGCAUACCUCCUCCUCUUCCUCCCUCCCAGACUAUUGUCCUCUUGAAAUCAAGCCAUGCAGCAUUGAUUUUCCUUCUCCUCACCGCAAAACUAAAAUGCACAUGACCAUCUCAUCCUUCCUGGUUUGUCAGUUUUGUUCCCUGAAACCUAAGAAGUGCUGCGGCGUUGAUAUCCCACCUCAGCUCAAAGUUGAAGGACGCUUGUAAGGGUCCGGCAGCAGAAAGAGGCAGAGUUCAGGCUGUUGGAAUUAUAACUGCUGGAGUUACAGCAGGAUAUAUUGUAAACCGGACAGCCUGAGAACUGGAAUCUAUAAAAGGAUAAUAACCAAGGAACUCCUCUUUUCCACAUUCAAUCAUCUGACAAGUUGGAAUCCAUGCAUACGUGUGCAUAAAUGAAUAUUUUUCUGACUCAAAGUCAGAUUUUGUUUCUGAACUUUAAGAUCGUUUUGUUGCUGUAUUAGGGACAUUUUCUGUAAAAGCAAAUGGGACUUAACGACAGCAGCCCGGGCACCAUGCGCAACGGCCGCGGCCUCUCAGACCAGUGGGCCGAAUCGGUGGUGGUCCGGCCUCGAACCACUGAACGCCACAUCACGGUGCACAAGCGCCUGGUACUGGGCUUUGCUCUGUCCAUCCUCACCCUCAUUAUCGUGACAGCGGUAGCUGUGGCGCUCAGCCUCCGCUUUGAAGACUGUGGUGCUCGCGAUCGCAAUGGAGCCACAGGGGAGAUGAGUUCCAGAGGCUCUGGAGGGUCGGGAAAGUUGAACGGGAGCAGAGGGGAGAGAAUGGGGGAGAGAGGGGAUGAGGAAUCGGCCCAGCCGUGGAGAAACUCAAGGUUGCCAGGCACCGUGAGACCACGACACUAUGACCUGCGGCUUGCUGUCUACAUGGACAACUUCACCUUCUCUGGGGAAGUCAGCAUUGAGCUGGAGUGCAUCAACGCCACCCGGUUCAUCGUGUUGCACGCAGAUCGCCUUGAGGUGGACCGGGUAUCCGUUACCGCGGAGGGCGGCACUGGUGGCCGUCCUGCCAACAGGCCAGGGGGCGGGGUCAUGCGCAUCCACCGCCACUUCCCCUUCCCAGCCAAUCAGAUGUACGUGGUUGUGCUGCACCGCGAACUGAAGCCCAUGAGAGUUUACCGCUUGAACGUGAGCUUCGACGCCGCCAUCGAGGAUGAACUGCUGGGCUUCUUCAGGAGCUCGUACACUCUGCAGAGAGAGAAGCGGUACUUGGCGGUGACGCAGUUCAGUCCCAUCCACGCUCGGAAGGCUUUCCCCUGCUUCGACGAGCCCAUCUACAAGGCCACGUUCUCCCUGACCCUUCACCACGACCCGCAGUACACCUCUCUGUCCAACAUGCCCGUGGAGAGCAGCUCGCUGUCGGAGGAAGACAGCUGGGUGGCCACGCGCUUCGCCCGGACGCCCCGCAUGUCCACGUACUACCUGGCCUGGGCCGUCUGCAACUUCACCUACAGAGAGACGCAGACCAGCGGCGGAGUGGUGAUCCGUCUCUACGCCCGACCGGAUGCCAUUUCGAGCGGAGCCGGCGACUACGCUCUCCACAUCACCAAGAGGCUUCUGGGAUUUUACGAGGACUACUUCAAAGUGCAGUACUCUCUUCCCAAGCUAGACUUAUUGGCGGUGCCAAAACAUCCCUACGCUGCCAUGGAGAACUGGGGGCUGAGCGUCUUUGUGGAGCAGAAGAUCCUGUUGGACGCUGAGGUGUCGUCAUCGUCCUAUCAGAUGGAGCUCACCAUGGUGGUCGUCCACGAGAUCUGCCAUCAGUGGUUCGGGGAUCUGGUGACUCCUGUGUGGUGGGAGGACGUCUGGUUAAAAGAAGGUUUCGCUCAUUUCUUCGAGUACGUCGGCACGGACUUCCUCUUUCCAAAGUGGAACAUGGAGAAGCAGCGCUUCCUCACUGAUGUUCUCCAUGAGGUGAUGCUGCUGGAUGGCCUGAGUUCCUCCCAUCCCAUCUCCCAGGAGGUGGAACAGGCAACGGACAUCGACCGAGUGUUUGACUGGAUCGCCUACAAAAAAGGGGCGGCGCUGAUCCGGAUGCUGGCUAACGUGAUGGGACAGCCGCUGUUCCAGAAAGGACUCAACGAUUAUUUGCUGAGUCACAUGUACAGCAAUGCAGCCAGAGAUGACCUGUGGAGCAAACUGUCUCAGGCCAUGCGUUCAGAAGGGCGGGACAUCGACGUUGGAGAGAUGAUGGACAGAUGGACUCUACAAAUGGGCUACCCCGUUAUCACCAUCAACAAGAACCAGUCAGAUCAGCUCCCCACUCAUUACAUCACUGUCAGCCAGGAGCACUUCCUGUACGGAGAGGACGUCAGGAAAAACAUCAGUUUACAGUGGCAGGUGCCAUUGACCGUUGCCGUGGGAAACGCAUCAACUGUUUGCUUGGAGAGUCUCAUCUGGAUGAACAACAAGACAGAAACCCACAGGAUUGGUCAAAUGGACGACAACACCUGGUUGCUGGGCAACAUCAACCAGACAGGCUACUUCCGUGUGAACUACGACCUCCAGAACUGGAAACUGCUCAUCCAGCAGCUUCACACCAGCCCUCAAAUCAUCUCUGUUGGAAACAGGGCAGGACUAAUUGACGAUGCCUUCAACUUGGCCAGGGCUGGGUACCUCCCACAGGGCGUUCCCUUGCAGCUGAUUGGCUAUCUGCCGGAGGAGCCGUCCUUCCUACCGUGGCACGCCGCCAGCCGGGCGCUUUACCAGCUGGACAAACUGCUGGACCGCACAGACGAAUACAGGCUGUUCAGUGACUACGUGCUGAAGCAGGUCGCUUCACGGUACCAUCAGAUGGGCUGGCCGGCUAACAGCCACGGGACAGACGGCAACAUCCUGCAGGCGUCCUACCAGACCGAAGAGCUACAGAGGGAGCUGAUCAUGUUAGCUUGUAGUUUUGGGAACAAGCACUGCCAUCGCCAGGCUGUCGCCUACAUCUCCGACUGGAUCUCCAGCAACAAGAACAGGAUUCCCCCGAACAUCCGGGACAUAGUUUACUGCACCGGCGUCAGCCUGAUGGACGAGGAUGUGUGGGAGUUCAUCUGGAUGAAGUUUCACUCGACCAAUGCCGUUUCAGAGAAGAAGAUCCUGCUGGAGGCCCUGACCUGCUCCGACAACACCUUCCUCCUCAACAGGUUACUGAACCUGUCGCUGACCUCAGACCUGGUCCCAGAACAGGAUGUGAUCGACGUCAUCAUCCAUGUGGGCAGGAAUCCUCAAGGUCGGAACCUGGCCUGGAAAUACUUCAGAGACAAGUGGGACAUCCUGAACGCACGAUAUGGUGAAGCUUUGUUUAUGAAUUCAAAACUCAUCAGUGGAGUCACAGAGUUCCUCAACACUGAAAAGGAACUCAAUGAGUUGAAGGAAUUUAUCCAGUCCAGUGGCGUGGCGGCGGGGCCUGCGAUGCCACGGGCGCUGGAGAUCGUGGAGGGUAACGUGCGCUGGCACCGCCUGCACCGGCGGCACUUCUACCAGUGGCUACGCAAACCUCCGAGCUCCAGCCUCGGCUAACGCUGCGCCGUUGCACUCGGGCGGAGCGACUGCCAACUGACUGCUGAGCCAACCCACUGCUGGCAGACAGAUUCAGAGUACAAACUAGCAGCUAAAUUGGCUUGACUGACUUAUCAGUUGGGUCCGUAACUGGUUUUGUUUUGAAAGAAAUAUAAUUUCACUGUUAUAAUUGCUGAUGGAAUCUUCCUCAAUAUAUGCUGGUUUCUGCGCUGUGAAAAAACUAAAGACGAGAACGGAUCAGCAAAGCUGCGAGCUAGCAGGCUUCACUGUCAUUAAAAUGACUGUCGCAGACAAAAACUGCUGUCAGACUAACAGCCAGCAACAGGUCAAAUUUCAAAGUAAAAAAAACAAACAUGAUUCGUCGAAAGAAAACUAAACAAUUUUUGUAAUGCUGAACAUGAUUUCUUUAAAAUAUUUUUUCUUCACGAGAUUUGUCUGCCAUUCUCAUCUAACUCACAUCAGCUUACUGGAGGUGCAUUUCCAUUUUCUGUCUAAUCUGUGGUGGGUUUGGAUAUGAUAAAUUUGCACCAGCGAGUGGAGUUGCUACGAGGUCACAUGUUUUGUGUCAGAUUGGCCGGCAGUCUACCUAUCUCCAGAGGCUUUCUGUCUGUUUUCAUUCAUUAGAAAACAUGAAAGUUCCAGCCUAAAUUACACGUGGCUUUUUGUCUGAAGAUGCAUGGAUAAUACUUUUACAAAUGUUUUUGCAGACAGACAUAAUGAUAGAUCUUAGGCACUGGCUUCCAUGUCUUAGACAAAGCUCUUUGAAGGUUUGGAAAGCUAAAUUUCCACAAAUGUCUUAGAGUUUAUAUUAUCAGUCCUUAAACAUUAUAAUAUUCAAAUGCGAUUAGCUAACUGUGUUGGUGUCCUUAGCUAAAACUAAAGUUUACAGCAUUUUAAAAUGAUGAUCAAUUGUCCUAUCGAAUCAAAUUUAACAACUGAUUGAAUUUUAGCAAAGCUGAUGUAGAUGAGUGGGCGGUGUCACAAAUCAGAGUUGACUGUGCUUUAUGGAAGGGGGCACGCUUUCUAACUUUUCUUUAACAUUUAAUACAUAAAUAUGCAGCAAAACAAGGGUUCAACUAACCAUUUCAUGGGAUCUUUAAACUUCUAACAUCUCAAAAGCUAGCCAAAAAAGAAAAUAAUUCAGAAGUGCUCUGAAAGGGCAAGUAUCAUCUUUAAAACAUGAAACUGUUUCAUAAAUGAAUUUUCAGUGUUGUGAAAUAAUGAUACUUUUAGCUUUUCUAGGUUGUGACUAAAUCCCUUCUAACUAGACACAGAGCUGUUUAAAUCUGACCUUUUGCUCACUACAUUAUUUCAGCUGAGAAUUAAAGGCAAACCUCUCAGCAGACUGCAGCAUCUUGAUCUCUAAGUAGAGUUAUAAUUAACACUGCGUGCACUUGCUUUCUUUUUGUUCGCAGCACUCAGAAAACAUUCAGACUCAUUAACUCGUCACAAUAUUCAAACUGCCUCAGCUAGAACUUAAAUAGCUGCUUUGCUUUUGUCGUGAUCAAAAACUCCAGCAGUUUGAAAAAUAUUGGCGGCUCUGGAAGGCUUUUGUUGCUUUAGAAAAGCCCUUUGAAUAUAAAAGCUGAUUGUAGCUACAACAUUUUUUUUUAAACUCUAAAUCACAAUAAGCUCCACAUAUGGAAGAAAGAUUGUGCCCUGGAGAGUGGUAAUGUGGUCUGUUUUCUGCUUUAAUGAGCAUAGGUGGUAACAUCUGGAGGAGACUUAAAAGGGAAAACAAAAAUGAAAGUGGUCUCACAUGAAAGUCUCUGUGAUGGCGUCUACUGUAGUUGUGGGGAUUUUGGCACUCCAUAGAACAUUAUUUUCAUUUAUAACCCCCCAACUGAAUCACAAGGAAAGCAUGGUGUAAUAUGACAUUUGUGAAAUAUUUCCCACACUUUAUUUGACCCUGUUUUACAUAAAAUUGAUUAUAUAAACAUCAAUGUAUUGCUUUAUAACUCAUGUGAACAUCAAAGUAAAGUUUUUUACAUAACCUUGCUACAUAAAUGGUGCUCUUUGGCUGCGGAAUAAAAGUGCCCCAAACUGCAUCCCCUUUAAGUCUUUAAGCCAGGGAACCUGUUGCUCAUCCUGAAACCCAACAGAAGAAAAAAAAUGAGAUUAUGAUGAUAACCUGCCCGGGUGACUUUAAUGUUAGUGAUUAAAAUCAGGACAGUUGCUGUUGUUGUUUCACAAAACACAAAACCAGAAAGUUGUUGAAAGGUGUUGAUGCCAUAUGCAUCAACCUCGGCUGCUGAACAAAAUCAGCAGGAAUAUUUCAGUCAGUUUUUCUGUCUUGGCUGAAAUUGUGACCGGCCGAGUCCACGGCUGAUAUCAUUUGGCUUAAAUAUGUGUGUUACUAUAUGCAGAUGAUGUGGCUUUUUAAACAAGAUUGUUUGUUUGUAUGCUAACAAAACAGAUCGUCAGUGGACUUCUACUGCUUGUUUUAGAGAUUGGACAACGUCAUGGACCUGCACCGUGGAAAUCUACAAGCUAUGUAUCGAUUUAAGUUCAUACAUCAAUGGACUUUUGCAGGUUUUGGUUUACAUUGUUUGGAACUCUGAGGAUUUCUGAUUCUUCAUGAACUCUUUUGUGAUGAAGUGUCUGAAGGAGGAUACAUUGGUAUCGUGGACCUUAUGACCUAGUGGACAUUUGCAUACAGUAUCAACCGGUGGAAACAUUUACAGUCAUGUAGACUUUAAACUCCACUGCUGAACAUAUCUGGUUUGUUUGAUAGGUCUGCAAUUAUAAAAUCUUUAUGGACAUUGUUACGAAAAAGGGAAAGAUUCUUCUGGUCAAAGGAUUAUGGAUCAGUUGUACAGAUUAAUUCACUACUGCGGGACAACGAUUUCCAAAGUGUGGAUAUCUGAUUUCUUCUCCAGAAUUUUAAUAGUUGGAUCCAAGAAACUCGUCCAACUCGUGUCCAGCUGAAGAGACUCAAUCAGGAGGUUCCUCUUCUCUUAGGCCCAGCUUUCAUGUUAAUAAUUGAGCCAUAUAUGAAUUAAUGGGGAUGCCUGCUUCCAUACAUGGUGUGUGUGUGUGUGUGUGUGUGUGUGUGUGUGUGUGUGUGUGUGUGUGUGUGUGUGUGUGUGUGUGUGUGUGUGUGUGUGUGUGUGUGUGUGUGUGUGUGUGUGUGUGUGUGUGUGUGUGUGUGUGUGUGUGUGAUGAAGAUAACAGCCGUGGUGGCAUUGAGGACAGCUCUGUCAGUUGUGACUGAAAUUCUAAUAAUUAAAACAAUCAUAAUUAUGAUGAAGACUGACAACGGAGUCGGUAAUAACUAGUGAUCAUGUGAUCAAUCUAAUUGGUAUUUUAAUUAUUAAUACUAAUUAGUUAGUGCAUUUUGAACCAAUACUGUCCAGUCUGGAAAAUGUAAUUUUCAGACAUAAAGCACAUGCCAUGUACAAUAUAUUUGCUGUAAAUGAUACAGAUGUAUUAUUUGAAAGUUAAAAUGUGUAAUUUGAAGUUGUCUAUGUUGAUAAAAAUGAAAAUGGUGAUGAUGAUGAUGAUGAUGGCCUGAGACCAAACAUUGAACAAAACAGGAAGUUGCAAGUAACACUUUUUUGUCCUGCUUCCUGUUCGAAUGUUUUGGUUUCUUGUGUUUUCUGAUGGGAUAAGAUUAAAAAAGAG